AUGUCAGAACAAGAAUCUGAAGACUCCCCCACCUCUGAGAAGCAUCUCUUCCUUGUCUUCCUUAGAAAGGACCUUAGAGAUGUCUCGGCUGUAGAGUUUAUUAGAUACACUACCCAGUGUAACAGCUUCCCCCCUUGGGAAGAUGCCACUGAAGAUUUAAAGUCCAACAUCAUCGAAGCGACGCCUAAGCAAGCAGAAAAGAUCAGGAGUCACCGCGAUAUUGUACGGAUAACGCCAAUCGAAGCAACAAGUUUAGAAGACGGCUUAGAACCAGAGGAAGAUUCACCCAAGGCGCCUUACGUCGUUCGUGCUACAAAUCUCAGGGACAAAGACGCUUGCCGUGUUACGCAUGCUUCACUCAAAGACAUUUUCCAAGAUCAGUUGCAACCUCAGGAAUUUGGACGUCAUAGCAUCGGCCUUUGGAACGUCAACUCAACGAGUGAUCAGGUGCCGCUGGCUGCAAAGAUCCAGGGCGUCAGAUCUAUUGUUCCUCUAGAUCAGUAUCUUCUCAAGAUUCAGAAACGUCUGCAACGAGGAAGCGAAGGAUGA